AUGUCGGUCAGAGGGCUCCAUCCAGACCAUGAGGUUGCCGUGGCCAUGAUGGCGCAUGAGCGGCUGGGGUCGUCCUCGCCGCUUCAAGCUCAGGGUAUGCAUCCCUCCUUCGACGCUAUCCUCCGUGCUGUAUGCGAUGCGGCGUCGAGCUGUGCUGUGAGCAGGAAGAAGGUAGGAGAGCUCUGCUUCCUUGACCAGCAUACGAGGAUGGACGCGUGGAACGGGCUGUUGUUGCCGCUGUCUGUGGUGGUGGACAACCAUGGCGAUGGGGUCUUCGUCUUGGAUGGCGCAAGGCCGUCGGUAAAGGUUUUUGACCGGAGGACGGGGAGGCUGGUGAGGGAGUUCGGGUACGGGGAGCUGAGCCAGGUCGGCUGCAUUGGGAUGAGGGAGGGAGGAGAGAUCCUGGUCUCGAAUAAUAAGAACAUCGUUAUGUUUCAUCGCGGCGGCUUCCCGAUGGAGCGGUUCACGUUCAGAGUCCCUGGGGAAGAGACCAACGUCCGCUGCUCCAGCUUCGCUGUGGAUGUGGAGGACAACUUUGUGCUUGGCGAGUUCGACAAGCACCGAGUGGUUCUGUUCGACAGGGAGCAGCGCGUCAUGCGAGUUUUCUCCUCCUUCCACCUCGGCCUUCGCUUUCCUUAUCUUGUUGCUAUCACGGAGGAAGGGAACAUCUUAGUGGCCCAUAGAGGGGAGGAGCCGCUCCUGGUGCUGAGCAAGUACGGCCAGGUGGUCGAGUCCUUGUGUGCGGGAGGGGAGCGAGUAGAAGCCGAGGGGAUAGCAGUGGAUGGAAGCAACAGGAUCGUCGUCGUGGAGAGGAGGAGAAGGAGGAUUGUUACGUUUGCCUCCACACUCCGGCUGGUGGGAUCGAUAGACCUGGAGGGAACCCCCUCCCUUCUCGCUGCAUCUCCUUCCUGUCUUGCUGCCGAUGGGGCUGGCAACUUGCUGAUUGGAGAUCGAAACAACCGCGCGAUUCAUGGUAUGUUGCAGUGCCGUUGUCUGCUCCCUCCCGCUUUCAUCUUCCUAUUUCUGACUGUCUGUCCCAACCGCCACUCCCCUCUUCUGCACCAAUCCUUCCUCCGUCUUUAA